AUGACAUUGCUAACGGGUCUCAAAGCAGAUGGGUCGGUUCUACCAAAGUCUGAGAAACUCUUCAGCAGGCCUCUGCAAAGGGAACAAGAGGUCAAUCAGCAGCUCAACACAUCAGCCCUAAACACAGCCUUGGCCUUUAAACCUUUCCGUGACCUGGCAACCAGAACAACCGCUGAGCCCGGUGUCCAGCUACAGCAAAACAUCUUGUUCUCGCCCUUGGGCCUGGCGUCAGCUCUGGCCCAGCUGUCCCAAGUGUCUGGGUCCGAGAGUCGGAGCCAGGCGCUGGAGGCUCUGGGGCUUGCAGCCAACUCCACAGAGCAGAGUGUGGAGGCCACCUUAUCUGCUCUAAAAGAUCUGCAACAUAGCCUCAGUCUACAGGAGGGAGGGGUUGGCGGUGGGGUUCAAAGGGCCGAGUCUGCAGCCGCAACAGAAGUUGGGACUGGGGCCACACCAGGGGUGGAAAUUGUAGGGGCAGAUGCUGGAAACAAAGCUGAUGUAGAUGAUGGGGCAGAGGGUAUGAAUGGAAGUGAGGAUGGGGUUCAUCCUGGCGCGCAGUUAAGAGUGUGGAAUAGCCUACAUAUUGAUGGAAAACCCUCACUAGACUAUGACAGUUUUUUGUCCAGGCCUCAACACACCUCCGCCUUCAACAUCAGCUUUGACACGUUGAUGAAAGAUUCGGAAGCCUCUGACAAACUUGAACUUAACAAUUAUGUGUAUUUCAAAGGUCGUCUACCAUUUAAGCGGCUCCACACAGUGCCACGGAGCUUCCAGCUGAACGCUACCAGCAGCGCGGAGGUUUCCAUGAUGUUCAGGGACGACUCUUCUGAGGUGAUGAUGCUGUACGACACCAACUGCUCAGCAACAGUGGUGCGGCUGGCCUACUCAGAACGCCUGGCCUCCCUGCUGCUGCUUCCUAAAGCCGAGCUGCAGCCCCUGGAGGACUGCCUGUCUGACAGCCGCAUGAGCUUUUGGCUCAGCAACCUGAAGCCGGGGCGGGCAGAAAUCCGUUUCCCUAAGUUCCAACUAAGGAAAUCCUACAGUUUAGAAAGCCUCUUGAGGAACUCUGGGGUAUCAUCAAUUUUCUCAGACUCAGCCGACUUCUCAGGAAUAUCGCAGAAGACGUUAAAACUCAUCAAGGCUCCUCAUGAGGUUAUGCUGGAGGUGGAAGAGACCAAGUCAGAAGAUGGGGGGAGACCUGACAUCAUGCUGGACUUCUCUGUCCCCCCGAGAAUUACGUUUAACAGACCGUUUAUGUUCAUAAUCUAUGACGAUCUCACGGGGCUCGUCCUGCUCAUGGGGAGAAUUAUCGAUCCUACAGAUGUCUAG